AUAGAAGAGCUGCGGCCCAAGUCUUCCACCCUCCAAGCUCUUUCAGCCCAGGUCUAUAUAUACUCACACGCCUAUACAUACAACAUAUACAUACAAAUUUAAGCACAUUGAUUCUUUGUUUUCUCCGCUGACCAAUUUAAGCACCCAUUUUAGUUCUUGAGAUACAUUACAGAGUUUACAGAGGGCAGACUAGCAGUUGCAUAUUUAUAUAUUAAGGAUGGCUGAGGAAGGUCACAAGGUCAGCUUGAACGUUUAUGACUUGAGUCAAGGAAUGGCCAGGAAUUUGUCAAUGGCAUUCUUGGGGAAAACUAUCGAAGGCAUUUGGCAUACAGGAAUAGUGGUUUAUGGCACCGAAUACUACUUCAGCGGUGGUGUGCAGCAUGCACCUGUUGGAACUACACCAUAUGGGACACCGAUCCGAGUGGUUGAUAUUGGUGUCACUCAUGUCCCCAAAGAUGUAUUUGAAAUGUAUCUGGAAGAGAUCAGCCCCCGGUAUACGGCGGAGUCAUAUAGUUUGCUCAAACACAACUGCAACAAUUUCAGCAAUGAGGUUGCACAAUUUCUGGCGGGGGCUACUAUUCCAGAAUACAUCCUGAAUCUUCCUAAUGAAGUCACAAGCAGUCCUAUGGCUGCUCUCAUAUUGCCUAUGAUAGAAAGACUAGAGACAACUAUGAAAGCUGGUGCGGUGCCCCAAGCCCCCCAGUUUCAGCAACCUAUACUGUCAACACCAGCCAACAAUGUUGCAUCCAGUGGAGUGAAAAAAGAAGAGAAAAAACCAGAGGUGACUAAACCAAAGGUAGAAGAGAAACCUGUCAAGUCUGGAGCACCUAAUACAAGUGCAGCAUCGACCAGGGCUAAGCCAGCAGAUCCUCUCGGGGACGCAAGGAGCAAGGUGCAAGAAGAGAUCACCAAUGAAUUUGCUGCAAUCAUGGCGAGUGGAACCUUGCGUGCCAGUGAGGCUGCAGCACUCGCAACUAAGCGGGUGAUGCAAAGAUAUGGAAGCACCAACUCUGUGCAGAGCUAGUCCCAUUCUUGAUUAAUCUUGUCACCAUAAUGGAAUUUGUGAUUAUGUGCUACUUAUUAUUGUUAGAAAUAUUGGGUCAGCUCUUUCAACUAGCGAAAGAUGAACCGCUCACAUUUAUAUUAUAGCUGUUGUCCAUGGCUAUAAACUAUUAUUCAAUGAUUAAGUAUCGAAUUGUAUGCCUCAUCUUUAAAUGACAUUUUCUAGGUACUAAAGUGUUGGCUA